UACAUCGAGGACAGUCUCGCCUCUCGAGCCGAUACAGAUGGUCUGACUCUCAUACCACCAAGCGGCUACGACUUUGCGACGCUCUUCCAACAUGAUAUUAGUGAGCUUACCGGCGUCAACUGGACGUUGCAGCGCGUCGAUCGUCUUCCCAACCCCGCAAAUGCCAGCGGCAUCCUUCUCGGUUCCUUCACCGGCAACGCCUCGUCUCUCACGUACGAAAAUGGCAACCCUACAUCGGAAGGAUAUGAACUCGUCAUUUCUCCAACGGGCGCAUUGAUCAGCGGCACAGGCGCAUGUGGAAUGUGGUGGGGGACUAGGACGCUGCUCCAGCUGCUUCUCACACGGAACGGGACCCUGCCCGCGGGGCGAUCGGUCGACGCGCCGGCGUAUGCCACACGGGGCUUCAUGCUCGAUGCCGGACGCAAGUGGUAUGCCCCCGCUUUUCUAAAGGAACUUUGCAGCUUCGCGUCAUUCUUCAAGAUGAACGAGUUCCACUAUCACCUCAGCGACAACUACCCGCUCAACCGCGGACGGAACGCGUCAUGGCAGGAGGUGUACUCGCACUUCUCGUUGCGGCCCGAAGACGAGAGUUUGCUGCCGAUCCUGCACGGUCGCGAGAACGAGACCUUAUCACGAGAGGAUUUUGCCGACCUACAGAGCCAUUGCGCGUCAAGAGGUGUCACCGUGAUCCCGGAGAUUGAGGCCCCUGGUCAUUGCCUCUAUCUGACCAAGUGGAAACCCGAGCUCUCGCUGCCGAAGCGCGACUUGCUCAAUCUCUCGCAUCCAGACACCAUUCCAACCGUCAAGCGGAUUUGGGCAGAGUUUUUACCCUGGUUCGAGACGAAAGAAGUUCACGUUGGUGCAGACGAGUAUGAUUCGACGCUGGCUGAUGACUACAUUGGGUUUGUGAACGAAAUGUCAUCUUUCAUCAACUCCACGGCUGGCAAGCGUAUCCGAAUCUGGGGUACGAAUGAACCUUCGGAAAACAAGACCAUCUCUAAAGAUGUAGUCAUCCAACACUGGCAGUACGGUGAGUCGGACCCGGUUCUGCUGGCAAACAGCGGUUACAAUGUCAUCAACUCGGAGGACUGGUGGGCAUACAUGUCUCUCAAGAAUGACCACACGCCUAUCCUGCCGGCUCGAUACCCCCAAUUCUUCAACGAGAGUCGGGUCCUCAACUUCGCCAACGAGCCUGGGUGGCAGUGGACGCCCGCCGAUUUCGACCCGUUCAACGCGACCAUGCAGCUGCCCGAUACUUCGCCCUCAGACAAGGGCGCCAUUCUUGCGGCGUGGAACGACAACGGCCCAGAUGCAUCUACCCAGCUGGAGGCGUACUAUGCCAUGCGUCGAGGCAUAGCACUGGUUGCGGCACGCGCGUGGAGUGGCGGUCGUGGAGCGAAGCUUGUGGAAGAAGGAGUGGCGCCCAGCAUCGACUUCUUCACGCCUCUCGCACCAGGGCAGAAUCUUGAACGCGUGUUGGAAAAGCCUGAGCCUGGAUUUAACGGCCCACUGUUCUCCUGGUCACGCUCUGCCAACGACUCCGAGGCAGUACACCUUGGUCGCGGAAGCAAGGGGAUGAAUUACACGCUGGGAUUAGCCGCCACGGGCCCCUUUACGCUGUCCGGCCCGGACAAUACUCUCUCACUCGAUGAAAGUGGCAGCCUCGUGUUCACUUCGGACGGAUGGCCAUACCCUUUGCGAUCCGUUGGUGAAUUAGAUGCCAUUCAGCUCGACCCAGGGCACCCGGGUCGGAUCUGGUCGAACGUGACUACUUCAACACAUGAAGCGGUGACGGUGUCGGAGCUUCCGGCGAACAUCACCAUCACCACAGACGUGCUUCAUGGGAGCAUGGCAUGGAUCAAUGGCCAUUUUGCAGGGCGGUUCGAGGUGUUUGUUUACGGUGGUCGUAACACACUGUUCAGCUGGAGCCAAAUGGCACUUGUUGCGCCUUUGGAGGAUGUAAGUGGCCCUGGGUUGCGGAGCAUCGUGGUCGGAGGGGCUGUCAACAUUGCACCGUAG